AUGACGAUCUAUCAGUUGCGUCGUUUACAUGUCAAUCAAAAUUCGCAAUCAUUGUUACCAGAUGAUACUGUUCUUUUGUACCAAACGACGAAAAUUGGAAGGAAUCCUGACUUGGUCGACGUUGUCCUAAUUUCACAAGUGCACAGUAAUAUGAUCUCAAGAGAACAUACGACAAUAUUUGUAAAAGCAAAACGUGAUCGAUAUGCAUGUUUCAUAAAAGAUCAUUCCCUCAAUGGCACUUAUGUUAAUGAUUUUAGGGUAUCAGGUGAAGCUGAGUUACAACAAGGUGAUGUAAUCAAAUUUGGACAUGUAAAUGGUGCAGCUAUUAAGCCCGGUUGCUAUGGACCGCAAACUUCCGCCGAAUUUACAUUUCUUUUUGAAGAAGCACCAGCUCAUCGAUUAAGUGAUCGCAGACGUCCUAUAACAAUUAUGGGUAAUGCACGACAGGAUUUUUCCCAGAUGUUUGUCGGUGAUGGGAGGAACUUGCAUGCAGCAUCUCGAUUACCUUUGGCCAAUCCAUCCAUGGAACUUGCCACUUCAUGGCAGAAUCCAGCUACUGCUGGUGCCGCAGCAGCGCCGUUCUAUAAUUUGCAGAGGUUUCCUGGUUAUUAUCAAGCAGCCUUUCCUCAACUCAGUUCUGCUUAUCUACACUCACUCUGGCCUCAAAAUCCUUGGCCGUCGCAAUCACCCACAGCUGUCCAGCAAUUUCAGCACCAUCAACUGGAACAGCAGAAACAAGUAGAGGCUGUUGCACAGUGUGGUCAGCUGACUAAUCCGGUAUGGAUGGGUGCAAAUGCGCAGAUUGCUGUCGACACUUCAUCUUUCAUGGGAACAGCUGGUGAUAAUCGACUACGUACUAUUAUAUCGGAGCAAGCAUCUUCACCAAGGGUAACUUCGAAUAUCACAGUUCAAAUGGCGGUUACUGCUGCCGUUGCAGGAGCAUGCUCUCAACGAUCGGCUACCGCAACUGCAGCAGUCACCGACCAAUCAUCUGGAAUUGUUGGCCAAAAUAUCAGUACGCAAAGCAAUCAGUUAUUACAGUCUUUAGCGCAGCACACAUCAGCUUCACAUUCAGCUAGAGGUUUGCCUUCUGCUACAAUGUCAGGAAAUAUUCCGGUUACUCGAAAUAGUGGAACAACAACUAUACGUCGACAUCAAUAUUCAACUACUUUACGAGCAGCCGAUACACAGAAGGUUUCAAGACUAGCGGAUUGUUCUCCUGUCCAGGUAAUUGCUACUCCAUCAGCUAUUGAUAGUGUGAAACGUAUGGAAUGUGACAGUUCCGUGCCAAGUCCGCCCAAAACUCAGCAGCAACAACAAACGACAGGAGCCAUGUUUGGUGCGGUACCAGCCGGUGUUGUUAGUAUCCAUCGGACAACGACGACAGCAGUAUUAUCGCAACCAUCAAUAUCAUCAAUAACAGCUAUUUAUGCUCCAGCUCAAGUUCAGGCUCAGGAUCCAACCCCAAUACUGUCAGCAGCAGCAGUAGCAGCGCUACCAGGCAGUGAACGAAGGUUUAGUAAUGAUAGAAUUUCGAAAACAGUAAGCACCUGUAGUACUUUCACAGUUUCAAAUGCUGUAUCAACUGCUAUGACUGGCAUGAAUGUGGGCGCAAUAACACCAGCACCAGUUGGAUCUGUAGCGUCUGCUGCGCUUCCUCAAGUGCCAAUGUCAUCUACAGCUACCUCGGUUAUAACACAAGAAAAACCCAUGGAGGAGUUGCAAAGAGAAAAUGCGGAACGAAAUAGCCGAUUGUCUGGUUUGGAAGAAUUAACAGAAGAUUUAUUAGAAGACUGUGGCCCACCGAGACGUGCGCCUACACCGGCAUCCAUUUCCUCUGAAUUACCUACUGGAUCAACGGUGCAACAGGAGCCCCAUAUUGUUGAUGAACCGAAACCAUCUGAAUCAUUGCAUUCACCACUUCAUCAAUCACCAAAAAGACGCGGGCAUGGUCAUUCGGAUUCGUCAUGUUCGCCUACUCAAACACCUAUCGUAGUAGGACAAAAAGUUGAGUCGAAGAGACGACGUAAGAAUAAUGAGGUAGCCAUGUUGUUGAAUGAUUUAACUGAAGUGGCAUGGAAUCAUCUUGCAAGAAAGAGUACUAAUAAAAUUACUGCUCCAACACAAACAAGGAAGGCGUACGUACAUGAUGAAGAUGAUGAUAUUGAUGAUAGAAGCUCAAAAAGUGAUUCAAGUCUCUCAGAAAAGCAUGAAGAAAAAAAGCAACAACAGAAGAGUGUUACGAAAUCAAAAAAUGCUUCACCAUCAAAAAGUGGAAUUUCUUCCAAAAUUAGGGAUUCUGAUAGAAGUACUGCACGGAAACGUGGUCGUCCGAAGAAAGGUUGCAAUACUGCAGAAAAUGCAAUCACUGCAAAUACAAGUAAAAAGAAAGCAGCAGAGAAAAAAAAACGGAAGAAGAGAUCUUCUAGCAGUGGUAAUAUGAGUUCGGAUUCUGAAGAUGAUAAGGAAGAGAGAAAGGAAGAUUUGAAGCCGCAAACUCUACCAAAAGAACAGCCAGGUACUUCAGCGGCUGAAAAGAUUGAAAGAGCACUUGAUAUGAUGAGGAAGAGACAGACAUUACCAGAUUCUGAUAAUGAAAGCAGCAGUUCAUCAUUUGUCACUUCUUCAUCACCUUCUCCGAUCCGACGAACAUGGGGUGCUACAUCACAAUGUAAAACUGGACACACACCUGGUGGUAGUGGUAUAAGUAAGAAAAAAAGAAGUAAAACGGGCCGUCAAUCACGUUCGAUGAGUAAGGUACCACAUAAGGGAAUCGUCACCUCUUCCAUAAGUACUCGAAAGAAAGGACGUAGAAAGAAAAAGCGAUCGUCAUCCAGCGAAAGUGAGAUAUCACUGGAAACAAGCAGUAUUGAUUGGGAGAAGGUGAAACCAGUGGUUACACCGUUACCAUCGGCACAUGCGUCAAUAGUAUUCGAUGAAUGGACAUACCACGAUCCAGAAAAACAAUGCGACGCCAGGUCAGGUUGCAAAAAACCACAAAGUGAAAGCGUUGUUUGGGUACAAUGUGAUUACUGCUGCCGAUGGUACCAUAUGGAAUGUGUAACAGAGCAUGGUGUAACAGUUGGUAAUUCAGAUGAUUUCAAUUGUGGCUGUAGGGAAGCAAACAAAAGAAAUUAA